GACCACAACUUUUGUUGUGUUGCACAUUAAUACUUUAUAACUCACCCACGACAACUACCGUUUCCAAACUAAAGAAAAAAAAGAAAAAAAACAACAAAAAUAUUCCUCAUCCAUCAUCAUCGUCAUCGCCAAAACGCUGCGUUUCGCUUCUCUCUCUCUCUCUCUCUCUCUUCUCUUCUUGUUCUUCCCUCUGCAAACCCGAAACUCGGAACAGAUCUCUCGCAUUUCAUUUAUUUGUUUUUUUAAUAAUUAUUUUAUUUAGUGUUUUUUCCUUUUUCUGCGAAACGAGCCGCAGGAAGUACAUACAGAUGGCUCCGAUUCCAACGGAGAACGGCGUAGAAGGAGACGAUGAGAGAGAGGAAGAGGAGGAAGAGGACGAAGAAGAGGAAGAAGAAGAGGAAGAAGAGGAAGAGGACGAAGAAGAAGAGGAAGAGGAAGAAGAGGAGCCGAGGCUUAAGUAUCAGAGAAUGGGAGGUAGCGUCCCUGCGCUUCUUGCUAGCGAUGCUGCUUCAUGCAUCGCCGUAGCUGAGCGGAUGAUCGCGCUUGGGACUCAUGGUGGCACCGUUCACAUUCUGGAUUUUCUUGGGAACCAGGUGAAGGAGUUUGCUGCUCAUACUGGUGUGGUAAAUGAUCUUAGCUUUGACACAGAAGGUGAGUUUAUAGGGAGCUGUUCAGAUGAUGGGUCUGUUGUAAUAAACAGUCUUUUCACUGAUGAGAAGCUGAAGUUCGAGUAUCAUCGCCCCAUGAAGGCUAUUGCUUUAGAUCCAGAUUAUGCAAAAUCAUCCAGAAGAUUUGUAGCUGGUGGUUUGGCUGGACAUCUAUAUUUUAAUUCUAAGAAAUGGCUUGGCUUUCGUGACCAGGUUUUGCACUCCGGUGAAGGUCCAAUACAUGCUGUCAAAUGGAGAACAAGUCUUGUUGCUUGGGCAAAUGAUGCAGGGGUUAAGGUUUAUGAUGCUGCCAAUAAUCAACGUGUUACAUUUAUUGAAAGGCCACGAGGAAGCCCUCGCCCUGAGCUUUUGCGUCCCCACUUAGUUUGGCAGGAUGAUACGCUCUUGGUCAUUGGCUGGGGAACAUCAGUCAAAAUUGCAUCAAUCAGAACAAAUCAGAAUAGAGCAGCCAAUGGGACAUAUAAGAAUGUUCCCAUGUCUAGUUUAAAUCUGGUGGAUAUUGUGGCAUCUUUUCAGACUAGUUACUUUAUUUCUGGAAUUGCACCCUUCGGUGAUUCUUUGGUUGUUCUAGCUUAUAUUCCUGGUGAAGAAGAUGGAGAAAAGGAUUUUAGUAGCUCUAUCCCAUCACGGCAGGGAAAUGCACAGAGACCGGAAGUGCGUAUUGUGUCAUGGAAUAAUGAUGAGCUUUCAACAGAUGCCUUACCAGUACAUGGAUUUGAGCAUUACAAGGCAAAGGACUAUUCCCUUGCUCAUGCCCCAUUCUCAGGUAGCAGCUAUGCUGGUGGUCAGUGGGCUGAAGGUGAUGAACCACUAUACUAUAUUGUUUCCCCGAAGGAUGCAGUCAUUGCAAAACCCAGGGAUACUGAAGAUCAUAUUUCUUGGCUUCUUCAACAUGGAUGGCAUGAAAAAGCUUUAGCUGCUGUUGAAGCUGGCCAGGGACGAAGUGAACUCCUGGAUGAGGUUGGAUCGAGAUACCUUGAUCAUUUGAUUGUUGAAAGAAAAUAUACUGAAGCUGCAUCACUGUGUCCGAAAUUGUUGAGAGGAUCUGCUUCAGCCUGGGAGAGAUGGGUUUUUCACUUUGCACAUCUCCGUCAGCUUCCUGUAUUGGUUCCAUAUAUACCAACAGAGAACCCAAGAUUACGUGAUACUGCUUAUGAGGUUGCUCUUGUAGCUCUGGCGACAAAUCCAUCUUUUCACAAGGAUCUCUUGUCAACUAUUAAAUCUUGGCCUUCUAAGAUUUAUUCUGCAUUGCCUGUUAUCUCUGCCAUAGAACCUCAGCUUAAUACAUCAUCCAUGACAGAUGCACUCAAAGAGGCAUUGGCAGAGUUGUAUGUAAUUGAUGGACAAUAUGAGAAAGCGUUUUCAAUAUAUGCUGAUCUUCUGAAGCCAGAGAUAUUUGACUUCAUUGAAAAACAUAACUUACAGGAUUCUGUUAAGGAAAAGGUUGUCCAACUGAUGAUGCUAGAUUGCAAGCGUGCAGUUCCUUUAUUAAUUCAGAACAAGGAUUUAAUUACUCCAUCUGAAGUAGUCUCACAACUUUUGAAUGCGAGAAAUAAGUGUGAUAUUAGCUAUUUCUUGCAUCAAUAUCUGCAUUCAUUAUUUGAAGUAAAUCCUCAUGCUGGAAAGGAUUAUCAUGAUAUGCAGGUUGAGCUUUAUGCAGAGUAUGAUCCAAAGAUGCUACUUACCUUUCUUCGUAGUAGUCAACAUUAUACACUUGAAAAGGCAUAUGAAAUAUGUGUCAAACGAGACCUUCUAAGGGAGCAAGUUUUCAUUCUUGGAAGAAUGGGAAAUUCAAAGCAAGCACUGGCUGUAACUAUUAAUAAAUUAGGAGAUAUUGAAGAGGCGGUAGAAUUUGUUACCAUGCAGCAUGAUGAUGAACUUUGGGAAGAGUUAAUUAAGCAAUGUCUUCACAAACCUGAAAUGGUGGGCAUGUUACUGGAACAUACAGUGGGCAAUCUUGAUCCUCUCUAUAUUGUGAAUAUGGUUCCCAAUGGCUUGGAGAUACCACGGCUGCGGGAUAGGCUGGUUAAAAUCAUCACUGAUUACAGGACAGAGACGUCGCUAAGACAUGGGUGCAAUGAUAUCUUAAAGGCUGAUUGUGUCAACCUCUUGGUUAAAUACUACAAAGAGGCAAGACAUGGAGUUUACUUGACCAACGAAGAAGAGGAAGCACGUGCAAAAAGGAAUGACAGUAGGGCUUCUCAAGCGAUAGAAAGAGCUUCAAGUGUGAGAACCAUGGAGGUUAAGUCAAAAACUAGAGGAGGUGCAAGGUGUUGCAUGUGUUUUGAUCCUCUCUCCAUACAAAGUGUAUCAGUGAUUGUGUUCUUUUGUUGUCAUGCUUAUCACAUGACCUGUCUUAUGGAUUCCACAUAUACAAGCGGCAAUAAGGGAACUGGAUCAAAGGCUCCGGUAGCAGAAUAUGAUUAUGAGAAUGGUGAUGUGGAUUAUGAUGAGGACGAUGAUAACCAAUCGGGUGCCCCACGAAUGCGAUGUAUCUUAUGUACUACUGCUGCUAGUUGAGGGUCCAGCCAUGCGUGCAUGUGUGCAUAUGCAUGUGUCCUUUCAUUAUUCAUUAUUUUUUGGGCGUGAAUAGUGUGCGCAGGCAUCUUAUUUAUCAUUUUUCUUUGGAUGUGCGUUAGUUGCCAAUUGUUGUAUUAUAUAAUUUGCUGUAAGCGGCUUUUUUGUUUUGGUUUCAUUCUGUUUUCUGAGCAUAAUUUUCAUUGUUUUGCCUUUUUUCUUUUUUCUUUUUUUUCCCCUCAUUUUUUUGGUGUGUAUAUGGGGUUCAAUUUGUUUUGAGUUUAAUAUGCACCCAGCGUGCUAUAAUAACAGAGAUAAGUGAAUACUGUUGCAAUUUCUAGGUGAUGCAAUGCUCUUCUUUUAACA